GAAAUCAGCAAGUUCCGACAUGGCCUGGCGGCUCUUCUCAAGUAUGAUUGGGUUCCUGUGCCGCUUGUGUACCCUCAAGUCAUCUUCCUAGCAGUUCGUUUUUAUUUUGUGAUUUGUUUAUUUGGACGCCAAUUUAUUGUUACGGGAAAAAAUCCGAGUGGGGUUGCCGAAGCGCUUCUGAAUCCUCUGGGAGAGGAUGACGACGAUCUCGAGUGUAACUAUGUCAUCGAUAAAAAUCUUAUC